CCGCGCGCGGCCCCUUUGUGCGGCCGCGGCCAUGUGGGUGAACCCCGAGGAGGUGCUGCUGGCCAACGCGCUGUGGGUCACCGAGAGGGCGAACCCCUACUUCAUCCUGCAGCGGAGGAAGGGCCACGCGGGCGACGGCGGCGGCGGCGGCGGCCUGGCAGGUCUCCUGGUGGGCACUCUUGACGUGGUCUUGGACUCCAGUGCUCGAGUGGCCCCUUACCGAAUCCUGUACCAGACUCCCGACUCCCUCGUCUACUGGACCAUCGCCUGUGGUGGCUCCAGGAAGGAAAUCACCGAGCACUGGGAAUGGCUCGAGCAGAACCUCCUGCAGACGCUCUCCAUCUUUGAAAACGAGAACGACAUCACUACGUUUGUGAGAGGGAAAAUACAGGGCAUCAUUGCAGAAUACAACAAAAUCAACGACGUGAAGGAAGACGAUGACACGGAGAAGUUUAAGGAAGCCAUCGUGAAGUUCCACCGGCUGUUUGGGAUGCCUGAGGAGGAGAAACUUGUCAACUAUUACUCUUGUAGCUACUGGAAGGGGAAGGUCCCCCGGCAGGGCUGGAUGUACCUCAGCAUCAACCACCUGUGCUUCUAUUCUUUCCUGAUGGGGAGAGAAGCCAAGCUGGUGGUACGGUGGGUGGACAUCACGCAGCUGGAGAAGAACGCCACGCUGCUGCUGCCCGACGUGAUCAAAGUGAGCACGCGGUCCAGCGAGCACUUCUUCUCCGUGUUCCUCAACAUCAACGAGACCUUCAAGCUCAUGGAGCAGCUGGCCAACAUCGCCAUGCGGCAGCUCCUCGACAACGAGGGCUUCGAGCAGGACCGCUCCCUGCCCAAGCUGAAGAAGAAGUCUCCCAAGAAAGUGUCCGCGCUCAAACGUGACCUCGAUGCCCGGGCCAAGAGCGAGCGGUACCGCGCCCUGUUCCGGCUGCCCAAGGACGAGAAGCUAGAUGGCCACACCGACUGCACCCUGUGGACGCCGUUUAACAAAAGGCAUAUUCUGGGCCAGAUGUUCGUCUCCACCAACUACAUCUGCUUCACCAGCAAGGAGGAAAACCUGUGCAGCCUCAUCAUCCCACUCCGGGAGGUGACGAUCGUGGAAAAGGCCGACAGCUCCAGUGUCCUCCCGAGCCCUCUGUCCAUCAGCACCCGGAACAGGAUGACCUUCCUCUUCGCCAACUUGAAGGACAGGGACUUCUUAGUGCAGAGGAUCUCGGAUUUCCUGCAGCAGACCACGUCCAGGAUUUACUUAGACAGAGAGUUUGUGGGGAGCUACUACAGUUCCGAUGACGAGGUGUACUCGCGGCCGAGCAGCCUCGUGUCCUGCAGCCCCCAGAGAAGCAGCAGCUCCGACACCGACGGCGAGCGCCCCUUCAACCUCAACGGCAACAGCGUGCCCACCGCCACGCAGACGCUGAUGACCAUGUACCGGCGCCGGUCCCCCGAGGAGUUCAACCCCAAGCUGGCCAAAGAGUUUCUGAAGGAGCAGGCCUGGAAGAUUCACUUUGCGGAGUACGGGCAGGGGAUCUGCAUGUACCGCACGGAGAAAACCCGGGAGCUGGUGCUGAAGGGCAUCCCGGAGAGCAUGCGCGGAGAGCUGUGGCUGUUGCUGUCAGGUGCCAUUAAUGAAAAGGCCACCCAUCCCGGCUACUACGAGGACCUCGUGGAAAAGUCCAUGGGGAAAUACAAUCUUGCCACCGAGGAGAUCGAGAGGGACUUACACCGCUCCCUUCCCGAGCACCCCGCUUUCCAGAAUGAAAUGGGGAUCGCCGCUCUGAGGAGAGUUCUCACGGCGUACGCGUUCCGCAACCCCAACAUCGGGUACUGUCAGGCCAUGAAUAUCGUCACUUCUGUGCUGCUGCUUUAUGCCAAAGAGGAGGAGGCCUUCUGGCUGCUGGUGGCUUUGUGCGAGCGCAUGCUGCCCGAUUACUACAACACCAGAGUCGUGGGUGCACUGGUGGACCAGGGCGUCUUCGAGGAGCUGGCCCGAGACUACGUGCCGCAGCUGUACGACUGCAUGCAGGACCUGGGCGUCAUCUCCACCAUCUCGCUGUCCUGGUUCCUCACCCUCUUCCUUAGCGUGAUGCCCUUCGAGAGCGCCGUGGUGGUGGUGGAUUGUUUCUUCUAUGAAGGAAUCAAGGUCAUCUUCCAGCUGGCCCUGGCCGUGCUGGACGCCAACGUGGACAAACUACUGGGCUGCAAGGAUGAUGGCGAGGCCAUGACGGUGCUGGGCAGGUAUUUGGACAGCGUGACCAACAAGGACAGCACGCUGCCGCCCAUCCCGCACCUGCAUUCCCUGCUCAGCGACGACGUGAGCCCCUACCCCGCCGUGGACAUCUUCAGGCUCAUCGGCACGUCCUACGAGGUGGAAAUUGGAACCAUCCGGGCCGAUUUGAUCGAGCAGAUGAGGUUCAAGCAGAGGCUGAAAGUGAUCCAGACCCUGGAGGACACCACCAAGCGCAAUGUGGUACGGACCAUUGUGACGGAAACGUCCUUUACCAUUGAUGAGCGAGAACUUUACACGCUUUUCAAG